CAUAUGAAUUGCAUUGCAAAGGGAUUACGUUUAAACCUGAAGCUCUGAAAUUAUUGAUACAGCAUCACUGCACAGACUCAGAGUCAUGGGCAUCUGGGCCAUUUUCGUUUUGGGGACGGUAGGCCUACUCCUGGUCCAAGUGUCAAAAAGCGAGCAAAGUGGAAACGCGGAUUCUUGCAAGCCCGUGGCGGUGGAUUUUUGUCAAGACGUGAGCUACAUGACCCGUCAUCCAACUGGAAAGAGACGGUACAACCUUGAUCAGCUUCGCCAGAUUGUGGACAUGGGCUGCUCUGCGGAGGUCACAACAUUCCUAUGCCAUGUUGUUUCUCCUGAGGGUGUCCCUGACAAGCAAUCAACUCUACACCCGUGUCAAACGCUGUGUAAGAGAGUGAGGCGUGACUGCCAGCCUGUCCUGGAAGGUAAAGGUCUAACCUGGCCAGAAGAUCUUAAUUGUGAGCAAUACCCAGAACGAUCAUGUGCCAAUAGUCGAGGGUCUGUCCCCACAGCUCCUUCAGAAACCUGUGAGCCCAUCACCAUUCCUCUUUGCAAAAACCUGCAAUACUCACAGACUAAGAGGCCAAACAUACUUCCACAGACCAGCCGGAAAUGGCAGGAAAUGGCUGCUUUGGAGUUGGACCAACAUCAGCCCCUUAUGAAAACCAAGUGUUCUCCAACACUCCAGCUAUUCCUUUGCUCUGUCUAUACCCCUGUCUGUGUGUCUGGAAAAUCGUUGCCACCAUGUAAGGCUCUCUGUGAGGAAGCCAAAGCGGGCUGUGAAAGUCUUAUGAACAAAUUUGGCGUGAACUGGCCUCGUGAACUGGAGUGUGAUUCAUUUACAAACUAAUCCUGUGAACAUCUUGGUGUGGUCAGCAUUCCUGCACAACAGGAGCCGAGCGAGCUAAUCACAGUUCCAAUGUGCCAAAACCUGUUCUA